AGCGGUGCAUUUCGGGACGUGUAGUUUUCCCGCGGCGUUGUAGCUGUCGUGUGUGCCGGCUGGUUCCUCCGCGGCCCGGAGCUCAGGACAGUGAGACCUGGCCCUCCAGCUGGCUCUCUUCCUAUGCCUGUCUGAGUGGCCUGCACUGACCAGGAGUGAACUCCUAGUUGAUCCAACAUGAAUUGGAAGGCUCUUGAACACAUGCCCCUGCUCCUGUAUAUCCUGGCAGCGAAAACAUUAAUUCUCUGCCUGGCAUUUGCCGGAGUCAAGAUAUACCAAAGGAAAAGAUUGGAAGCAAAACAGCAAAAACUGGAAGCUGAAAGGAGGAAGCAGGCCGAGAAGAAGGAUAACUAACGGGAGAGGAAAAGAUUGAGAAAGCGGCCCACCCUGUCCCUGGUGAAGAGCAGAACUGGACUUGAAUCCCGGUGGCACAUUCCAUCACAGGGUCUCGCCCUGGCUGCACCGGGUCAGAAUGGAGGAAGGGCGCUGCAGGAAGCCCUGGUCCUCACCCCAGGUGGGGACCCUCCUCUCAUCACGCACUGCUCAGGGGUCCUCAGUGAGCUUCACCUCGCAGAAGAAGUUACUGUUAUGAAACCUUGCCUUUAAAAAAAAAAAGAUGUUUUAUUGACUAAAACGCAGGAGUAGGCACAAGACAAGUUCCCUGGUGGCUUAAGGAUCUGGCAUUGUCACUGCUGUGGCUCUGGUAGCUUCAGCGGUGUAGGUUUCAGCCCUGGCCGUGGAAUUUCCAGUGCAGUGGGCGUGGCCCCCAAAAGGGGCGGGGAAUAGGCGCUAGAGAGCACCUUGAAAUUAAAAAGGGUGAGGGAAGGCAGUUUCCAUUGGAAUGCUCUUUGGAUUUCUGUUCCACACGGAGUCUUCACUUUGUGUGUUAAACCCCAAAGAGGAAGAAAAGAUUAGGUGUGGGAUCUAAACCCUUCUGACCUCACACAAACUUAAGUAGAGGCCGGUGAGGUAUAGGGAUGUGUAGCUCACACUGCUGAGCCUGGAACAGACCUGCCUGGGCUGGCAGCUUAUUAGAGCUUGGCCUUGAGCCCCCUUUUAAACAAAAGGACUUUAGAUGAAAAGAAAUAGUGCUGCUAAAAAUACAUUCAUUAAUAGAUAAACCUCAGUUGUUACCGUUGGUGAAGUCACUUAGGCUGAACAGAAAGGUUAAUGCUGAGCAGGUAAAACAUUCACAAUUAUUCUGUCAGACAUGUCACACUUACCCCUUUGGUCUUCCC